CUUCUGACAGUUUUGUCACUCCAAAUAAUAUUCAAUAGCAAUGCUGACUGAAUCAGGAGAAAUCAUCAAUGACAUUUUAAUACAGCCUUAUCUCUAAAUUUCUAAAUCUCUAACAAUUUUUUCUCUUCCUUCUUCCUGGUUAAAAAUACAAUUGAAUGUACCCAUCUCUAACAGGCGGUGACCUAGAUUUUGCCACUGUAGCCAGCUGUGGUUAAAUCUUUGUAGCAAACAAUAUUCUUCUAUAACUGCAGGUUACUAUAGUCUGUUGGGAGGCUGCUCCUCAUCUGCAGCCAUUACAAGCGCUAAUCUAAAUAGAGGCGACAGGAUUAUGGCCAGUUCACACAGUGAUAGCCUCUCUGUGCUGCGUUUUAUGGCUGUAAAGAGCUUUUGGUUGCUAGGCGGGCACAAGGUUAUGUCCUGCUCAUACCUUGGAUGUUUUUAUGUAACCUUUUUUUUGAAGGUGUAGUAACGUACAACAUUUUAAAAUGAGUGUCUGUACAUUUCUAAGUUGACAGGUGGAUUUUAUAUGUUGCAGUAAUGAGCAGAAUGAACAGGGAAAAAAAUCAAAAGUUCCCAAGUGCCUCUUUUUACUAGAGUGCCAGAAAAGAGGAGUGGAAAAGGAAAUACAAACAGAAGUCCAGGGCAAGAACAGGAACAGGAGAGUUACAGUAAAUGCUUUGUGUUUACUCUGAACAGUACAACCUUAAAAUUCUCAUUGUUUUAUCUUUAAAAAGAAUAAAAAAGCAGAGUGACACCAUCUAAGAAAAUAUGUCAAUUACAGCAGAAUCUCAACAUCGGUUACCAGGGUCAGCAAAACGUUCUAUGAGAAUUUGUCAAAAAACUUUACAUACAAAAAUAACAAAGCUAUUUCUCUACAUAACUUUCAUUUAGGUCUGAACAUUUCUAAGCUGUACGUUCAUUGGCCAAUGCCUUCUUUCCCAGAAAGAAAAUCAAAACACAUCCCAAAGCAUCAGAAAUACCAACAGGUUCUGUUCAAGUUUGGUUAAAAAGUUGAUCUUUGUUUUGAGUUUCAUUUUUGAAGGUGAAAAAUAAAUUGAAACACAGCUACUGCAGACGCUUCACAAAGACAAAACUUGUCGAAGCUGUUGGAGAUGCCUCAGAAACACGUCUAAUAUUCAGUUUCGUAUGAAAAAGAGUAAAUCUAGAUUUUGUCUUUUUGUUUUGCAUGGAACAAAAGUGAAAGAAGUAAAUCAUAGAUCAGAUUUCAUAGUUAAAUUGUAAAUCUAUCACCCCAACCACCCCAUCCUGCAUGUCUCUAGGCUCCCUAAUAUUAUCAAUAUUAGAUCAUUUAACUUCAAGCAAGAUCUCCUUGUUGUGUUUUUGCACUGAGAAUGCUUCCCCUCUGGCCGUACCACUGUGGCCACAGUUGCUUUGCCUCAUUACAAAUGCAGGGCAUGGAAUCUCCUAUAAUAAUCCCUCUUAUCGUUUACAGCCUCUUCUAACAAUGCCCGCAUGAAUCACCUUUAUGCCACACAGUCAGAUUUAGUGCAGUGAAACUCUUGGUGAAGAAUGGCUGGGUUGGGACAUUAAAUGGCUUUAUGAUAGCAAAUUCUCAAGUGUUUACAACAGUCUGUACCCUGAGAGGUGGAGGCAGCUCCCUGACAACUGUUUAACUUCUACUUUUGAUUCCAAACUGUUGGCUUUGUCUGAUUCUCACAUUCAUAAUUUCCAGGAAAUGCCCUGAAAGAGUCAAAAGUAGGGCUGAGGUUUUACCACCCCGGUCAAAAAUGGAGUAUUCUGAACAUUAAGGCAGAGAGAUGCUGCGAAUGACAGUGAACAUCAUUAGCUAACACUGUAGCUGAGCUAAAUAAAAUCUAUCUAAUAGUGAACAUCCAAUGGGAAUCUAAAUAUGAACUAACUAAAAGAUUACAUGGCAGGUUUCACUAAGUGUUAAUGUUGCAGGAGGUGUUUGUUUUACAGUGUAAGGUGAGCUAAUGCAAAACACUGUAAAAUUCCUUUUUUUUUUUUUUUUUUAAUGAACAAAUGCUGGGAUUUGAUCCCGUGCAGUGUGUUUGCGUAGAGGUUGAUGGGACUUAUCAGUGUUUUGCACUUCACUCUAUGUCUUUAUAGAUUAAAUCUGCUGAGGUGGUGCUGCUAUUACUUCACUAUUGAUUAGAUUAGGAGGACUGGAAAGGACACACACGUUUGCAUGCACACACACACAAACAAGAUCACUCGUACACACACACACCAUUGUCAAUAACCACCCACCUACCCAUCACUGCCAUACAUGCAGGUAUGCACCUCAAACACACCCUGUCCCUCAAAAUCGUGUGAAAAAGACCUUAAUACCGACACAGAGCAAAGGGGGGAGUGUGUGUGUGUGUGUGUAUGUGUGUGUGUGGGGGGGGACUAACUCUGUAUCUUUAUCCCGGUGAUAAGUGUGAAGGAGAAGAACAGAUAAGUAACAGUGUCAUAAAGCAAGAAGUCUCCAGCCACAGCUCCUCCCCUCUUCCCCCACCUGCCCCAAUCAGCUGGGAUUAUAGAUCCUUUAUUCCAGAGAACUGCCUUGUUAUGUCUGUCAGAAUUAAACAGGAGCAGGGACAGCGAGAAAACUGGGAAGAGUGGAAGAAGAGGAAAAAAGGGGGAGUGUGUAAGGGAGCGGUUUUAAGACAGGGAUGAAGUAUCCUCCGGCACCUCAGAGUAAAUCUCUGUUAGAUAUGGAAGUAGCCAACUACUGUGAUGGCCUCGACCCCUCAUACAGCACACUGGGCUUUGAGAAUGCAGAGGUGCUCUGUGGGGGAGGAGACAGCAGCAUGCCCACAGAGCCAAGCCUGAUUGGUCCAGAAGGAAUGAGCAGCAACUGUGCGAUCUGUGGAGACAAAGCCACUGGGAAACACUACGGGGCCUCCAGCUGUGAUGGCUGUAAAGGCUUCUUUAGACGCUCCAUACGCAAAAGUCACAUCUACACCUGCAGAAUCAUUUACUGUUGCGUUGUGGACAAAGAUAAGAGGAACCAGUGUCGUUUCUGCAGACUCAACAAAUGUUUCAGAGCUGGUAUGAAAAAAGAAGCUGUGCAGAAUGAGAGGGAUCGGAUCAGCUCCAGAAGAAAUAUCCCCGACUCUCAGGACCUUCCUCCUAUUACUAUUCUGGCUCAGGCUGAAUCACUGUCCCAACAGAUCACGGCUCCAGUCGUCAUGUCAGACGCAUCAGAGCAGAAAUCAGCCACUAUCGUAGACGUCUGUGAUUCCAUGAGACAACAGUUACUGGUCCUGGUAGAAUGGGCCAAAUACAUUCCUGCCUUUGGGGAGUUGCCGUUGGACGACCAGGUGAGCUUGCUAAGGGCUCACGCAGGUGAACACCUUCUGCUAGGGGUUGCCAGGAGGUCAAUGCCAUACCAGGACUUCCUGCUUUUAGGUAACGGCUGUGUGAUACACAGGAACAGUCCUGAGGCUGAGAUAUCCAGGGUCGCCAACCGAGUGCUGGACGAGCUGGUGCUUCCUUUUCAGAAUAUACAAAUAGAUGACAACGAGUACGCAGCUCUGAAGGCUAUUGUCUUCUUUGAUCCAGAUGCUAAGUCCUUGCGGGACCCUUCGAAGAUCAAGGCCAUACGUCUGCAGGUUCAGAUGAGUCUGGAAGACUACAUUAAUGACCGUCAGUACGACUCCAGGGGUCGUUUCGGAGAGCUGCUGUUAUUGUUGCCGACCCUUCAGAGCAUCACCUGGCAAAUGAUCGAGCAGCUCCAGUUCAUUAAGCUCUGUGGUCUGGCUAAGAUUGACAACCUGCUGCACGAGAUGCUGCUGGGAGGGUUAUCAUCAGAGCCCACAUUCUUUCACAACCCGGCACACACACAGCUGGUCCAGGAUCACAUGAAUGGACACACAGUAGUCAUCAGUACCAUGGCUGCCGCUCACACUCCACAGAUCGCCUCUCCUGACACUCCUAUUCCAUCACCUCCACAAGGUCCAGGCCCAGAGAUGUACAAACACUUUCCUCAGCCUUUAUGUCCUCCGUCCAGCCCACUGCCGUCCUCGCAGACUGAGCCCUGACUGCACACACACACACACUCGCUCUCUCCCUCACACACACACAUACAAUACAGCUGACAUUUCAGCAGCUUCACUGCUCUCUGUGCUCGGUGUGUGUCGUUAGACCUUACACCCACCUGUGACUCCAGGUGUUGAUGCAAUAAUAACUCAGAUACAAUUAAAAGCUGCAAUGUACAACAAUAUAAAACUUCACUUCAAUUGAAUGAACAUCAUGAGCAGUUUUAAUUCAGUUUAUUAAGUCUUUACACAGUUUUCGGUCAGUGAGACCCAAGGUCUGAUUUAAUCCUAAUUUCCUUCUUAUCUGCAUGUCAUCUACAGGGUCAUUGGUUUUUAUGUGAAUGAGUAUAUUAUUACAGGGCCGUAUCAACUCAAGAGCACGACAUACAGUAUAUAAUGAAGUGUUUGCAGCAGAAGAAGAUAAAGUAAUUAAAAAAAAGCAGUCUCUGAGCAAGGUCAAUAUUACAGUCAAAUGAAUGUAUUUUAUAAAUAAUGUUAGUUUAGAAAAUUAUUCAUAUUUUAUGAACUUAUUGUAAAUAGUCAAAUUCAUAAGUAUAGAAAUGUACACUAUCUAUUCAAUCAUUAUAUUAAAUUAGGUCUUUAUUAAUUAUUGUGGUUUUGUGUCAAUAUUUUGUAUAUUUUCCAAUUUAUACAGUGAAUAAAAUGAGAUUUUACAGUAAUUUUGAGUGACAUAUUUCUUUUCGUUACAUUUUAAAUUACAGCUCCAAUACAUUGCAGUACAUGCUUUGGUUUUGGCUCCCUCAUCUGCCCAAGGGUGUACAAUAUGUAGCUUUUAGGUGAUUUAUUAUUUAGUGACCAUGCAGUGCUGAUCUCCAAACCUAAACUAUAAUUAUUACGACGACCGUAGCACACACAGCUUUAUCCUUAUCAACUGAAUCAAUUAAAUGACAAU